CAAGCGUGAUGGGGAGUCCAUCCGUCCAUCCCAGUGUUUCAGUCUUACUGCAUCCCCUCGUCAUAAUGAACGUAUCCGAUCAUUGGACUCGAAUCCGAGCCCAGAACAAUGGGCGCGCCGAGCAGGUCCUCGGAGCGCUGCUGGGAAAGCAGAAAGAUCGAACGAUAGAGGUGUUCAACUCUUUCGAGCUGUACAAAGAAGGAGGAGACUCGGACAUCAUCAAUCUCGACUUCCUCGAGGGUCAGCAGCGGCAAUACCGACAGGUGUUCCAAGACCUCGAGCUCGUCGGUUGGUACACGACGGGGGCUGAACCAACUGGGUCCGACGUCAAAGUUCAUCAACAAAUAUGCGCUCUCAACGACAGCGCCAUUCUGAUGAAGCUCAAUCCAGCCGGAGAUCGCUCAAAUCGCUUGCCUAUCGCGAUGUUUGAGUCCGUCAUAGAAAUGGUCGACAAGGAACCCUCGACCUUGUUCAUCAACUUGCCCUAUUCACUUGUGACGGAAGAAGAGGAGAGAAUCGGUCUGGACAACAUGGCGCGAUUGUCUAUUGCUGAGACUCGAGAUGAGUCUCUCGCAUCCCAGCAUUUACGGACGCAACAUUCCGCGAUCAAAAUGCUCCUCAGUAGGAUCAAAAUUCUCGAGCAGUAUGUCAGAGCGGUUGAGCAAGGCGUUCUGAAGCCUAAUCGAUCGAUACUCCGAGAAAUCUUCAGUCUCUGCCGCCAGCUGCCAGUGAUGGACACCGACGAUUUCCGGAGAGAAUUCUUCAUGCAGUGCAACGAUGUCGCGUUGCAAACAUUCCUCGCCACGCUUACGAAAUGCUGCGAUGGCUUGAACACCUACCUGAGCAGCUUCAACGUGCUACAUGACCGCAAGGGCUCUAUGCGUCGUGGAAGAGCGAUUGUUUAGGCUGUCAGAGACCACCAUUGUUCAGAUGAGUUCGAACAGGAGCGGGGUCUCGACUUUAUAGGAGGGGGGCUGAUCAGAACACCCAGAAUACCCAUGCACGGAAUUCCUGUGCGUCGCCGACAUCGAUUCUGGCGGAUUCUGCGCCGUCAAGGACCCAAUCUGCCCUUCCAAUCCAAUCAUCCCACGUCGAUUGGACCAGGAGGGCAGCAGCUAUAGAGAGUUCUCCU